AUAAACUUGAAAGUAUGUCUUUCAGAACGGUACGAAAGUUAACGGUUCUCUUAUACCAUACCAUCUAAACAUAUACAUGUACAUGUAUAUAUAUACAUGUAUAUAGAUAAAACAAAAAUGAUUUUUGUAAUAAUUUUUGUCGGAUUGUUAUGUGGCAUUGCAGGAUAUACGAGUACCAGCUGUUAUGACGGAUGGCUCGCGUUUGAUGGAUCGUGCUAUUACUUUGGUACCAACGCCAUUCAUUUCACAGAAGCCGAGCAUUUCUGUAAACAACAUGAUGGCGGGCAUCUUAUACAUGUAGAUAGAAAACUAGAAAAUGACUUCAUCAAAGACAGACUACGGGCAUUUAAAUCACAUUCCUGGUGGAUGGGUUUGACAGAUGAGCUGAUUGAAGGCACAUGGAAAUGGUUAGAUAACGGACAAACUGCCAACUUUACAGACUGGCAUCCAGUAGAGCCUAGUGGCGGGGAGGCCGAGGAUUGUGCCGUCUUUUACACGGCGUUUGACUUUACAUGGGCAGACUUAACUUGCAUUUCCAACAAUUACCCAAUCUGUGAACUUCCGGGAGUCAGCACCGAGACGGAAAUAAUAGGAUGAAAAAAAAACUGUAAUUUUAAAAACAAUUUCAUUUUAGUAAUGAAUAACAAUUGUUAUAUAAAUAAAAUAAAAGAAAUAA